AUGGCUGAAUCCAAAAGCCACAAGAGCAGCAGCUACGUGAUGACUCCAAGCAACACGGCUCAAGAGAUCGCCCGUCUGGGUACUGCAUCUUCCUACGGUGACCUGCAACACCAGAUUUGGCUGAAGACACUCAACGGCCAGCUUUUCACAGCUCCCGUCGAUCUCAAAACUAAAACUACUGAAGGGGAAGCAUUCGAUGUACUCGACGUAGGAUGCGGCAGCGGGAGUUGGGCAAUUGACUUAGCUCUUCGAUGUCCUCAUCUACGCAUCCUCGGUGUAGAUAUCACCCCACCAAUCUUGCCAGAUGACCCACAAACCAGCAAUAUAACUUUCCUCAAGGCAGAUGUUGAGCAGGAUUGGUGUUUUGCUGCAAACACAAAAUUUCGCUACAUACACGGCCGUAUGCUUCAAUCCGGCAUUCACGACUGGCCAGCGCUGUUGCAAAAGUGCUGGGAAUACCUAGCACCCGACGGAUGGGUCGAGCUGAUCGAUGUUGAGCAUCCUUUUCGAUGCGACGCGGUCCCAAGCGAAGCCUCGGCAAUGCCUCCAUUCGUCAGAUUUGGCUACGCUGCCGAAGAGGCCUGGAAGUCGAAUGGGCUGGAUUACCGCGCCACUUUGAAACAUGAGGAGCGCUUCAGAGCUUUGGGAUUCCAGAGCGUGUCUGAUCGAACUGUGAGAUGGCCACUGGGAUCUUGGGAGCAGGCUGAGAAUGAGGAGGGAUUUGCUGGCGAUAUGAUACUGGCAAAUUUUUCGAAGUUCAUUGCGGCAGCCGGUACAGCUAUUUUGGGCAGCGGAAAAGCGGGGGAGGGAUAUGCCCCGAUGAGUGCAGAAGCAGCGCGAGAACUGGUCGCUGAGAUGACAACAGAUUUGGAGGCGGAUUGGAUAACGUGGAAGUAUUGGCUCUGCAUGAAGGUGUACAUUGCUCAAAAGCCUACAGAGUAG